AUGACGGGACGUGCCGUGAAGGCGACCUUCGGCCGCUUCGACCGGAACGGCGACGGCAAGAUCUCCGAGGAUGAGUUGGUCUCUGUUAUGUCGAGUUCCGUGGCCCCGCAUUGCUUCAUGGGGGCAAGCCGCCUCUGCUCAGCCAUUGUCCCGACUGCUUCGGCAGGGAAGCGUACUCCUGUCAACGUGUACUCCCGCUUGGGCGACUUGUCUGAGAGCGAGUGCCGUGAACUCUUCAAGACCCUCGACAAGGAUGGCAACGGCAAACUCUCUGUAGCAGAGUUUGUGGACUACGUAUUCGAGGAUGAGGACCGCUACGACGGCGAAGGCCUUGCAAAGCAACUUGGUAUGGAGAAGCCACCGACGCCUAUUUCAAAGCCGCAAGAGGAGGCUCCGCCUGAGGAAGGCUCUGGAGGCUUCAUGUCCCAAGUGGGUUCCUUCUUUGGGUUUUGA